AACCUCUGGAAGCAGCCUUCUGGCUUCCUAGUAGCGUUUGCCUGUAUUCUGUGGGAAACAAGUAAAAGAAAAUCGCUCAAAAUGUUUGCCCGAAAGCAAAGUGAGAUAGGCAAUGACUCUGAAGCAGAAAAAGAAGUCGGGAAUUCCAGCAUCACAAAAAGAUGGUCCAAACCUUCGUUUGAUCUUUCAACGGGCCCGAAACUUGAAAUCCCAUUCUCCGUACAGGCAGUCAUCUCUCGGAUUCAGCAAGCUCAGCUCCUUCGCGCCAGACAGGACAUUCAUGCACAGCUGAAUGACAUAAUGAACAAUGUGCAUCGAAUAAUAGCUCGCUAUACCUCUAUUGAUCCUAACGCACCUGGAAGAAAGACCUCCUAUGCAGAAGACAAGAAAACACAAAGAAAUCUUGUUUUGGAGAAAAUGGCCGCUUAUGCUAAGGAUGCUGAUCUUAGAGAAAAGACUCUUGCCCACAUUCUGGCCUGGUUGGAAGAAUGGAAUGCCAUUUUAUCUGAGAUAACUGUAAUUGAUGUUGAUGAACACUACCACUGGCUAGCACAAAUGGAGAUGUUACCAGAGACAUUAAAGAUUAUUAGCAAUGAUGUCACGAUAAUGUGUAAAAUUGGUGGAUAUUUUCUUGACGACAAGACGAAGCAAAAGAAAAAAACAUUAUCUAGAGGUACUCUAUGGAAAUUGUGGAAAGAUAGAGCUAUAAAGCGACCUGCAACAGCCCAAGCUUUAAGACCAGAGCAGAUGAUUAGUGAUCAACUUGCAACAGAUACAAAGGUUUCAGAAAUUCAAGAUAUGCUACAGGAACUCAUAGGCACAGCAAUGUUCAACAAAUUGGAAAACAGUGCUAUUAAAUAUAUAUCAUCAACAAUAAUAAAUUUUUCUAAAGCCUUGAAUAUGCUAAAUGAUGAAUUAAAAGUUAUGAACUUUUCAAAUGCCGUAAAGUAUGUAGAUGAAGCAAAAGAAGAAAAAAUAGUUCCAUCCCUAAAAAUAAUCAAAGAUCUCAGUGAACAAAAUGAAAUGCUUACUCAGAAACUUAAAGAUGCAGAAGAAAAAUAUGAAGAACUUAUUCAAUCUAAAGUUGUUCCAGGACCCCGAGCAUACAUAUCAUCAUCCACUUUCUCAACCAUGAAAGUACCACCUGGAAUUUCUCCACCAUCAUCCAUGACCAUAGAGGACACUUUGGACAGUAUUUUAAACAAAGAUUUUGAACAUAUAGAUGAAUCUCAAAGAAAAGGGACCAAAGGCACUGGGAUAAAGUGGGUUUCAUAUACACCCCAAGUUGAAAUGACUCCAGAUUUAACAGACCAGCAAUAUAUUAUACCUGAGAAAAAGCGGAAAAUUGUGUCUCAAGAAAUUUCUGGAGAUAGCGUCUCAAUGAAGAAAGAUGAUAAUGAUAAAAAAGAUGGCACUAGCGGGUAUUUAUCACAAAACAGAGAUCUCACAAAAGACUCACAUCCACAGGAGACCACUGAAUCAAAUUUGAGUACUGGUAAAGAUAGACAAAAAGCCUUAGAGACCAAACCUGGUCAACACUCUGAGCAACAGACCCCACAAAAGAAAAGAAAACGGAGAAAAUCAUCUUCUGAAGCCAAAUCAAAGUCAUCUACUGAAUCAAAAAGCCAACAUAUCUCUUCUACAAAGACAAAGGACCAAGAACUGAGAAGUGGAAAAGGUUUGUGGGAGAAACUCAGGAAGCUCAAACCUGAAUAUUUACUUGGAAAAGGCCCAGUUCCAGAGACUGAUAUAGAACACACCACUAAGGCUGGUGUCACCUCUGAGCCACAGAAAGUUGAAAUGGAAGGAAAGAAACACAAGAUCUCUUUGGGAACUAUUAUAAGCAAAGAAGAGAAAACUGGUGAGAAAGAGAUGCUUGCCCUCACCAAACAAGCCCAGUCUCAGCAACUUGCUAACGCACCAUCAGAGAUCACCAAACAGACUCUAACAAGUCCAGAUGGCAAAAGUGAACAGAAAAAUCUAGAAUUAUUUCAAAAAGCUAUACUGGCUUUUCUAAAAGAAAAAAUUGACAACAUAGGAAAACCUCUUGAUAAAAAGAGUGUGCUGAAGGAAGAAGACUUACUUAUAAAAGCAGAAGUUGAAAAGUUAGGAGAUAUAAAGGCAAAAAUGGAGGAAUAUUUCCAAAAAGUGGCUCAAACUGUAAAUAAAAUCUUGAGAAAAUACAAAGAUAUAAAAAUGGAAGAAGCUGGAGAGAAACCUGUAAAACAAAAACAAGGAACCUCAUCUGUGCCAGGAUUGCAUUUUCAGGAGUCAUCGAUUGAUGCAAAGUCUGAAAUUAGGUCCUUCCUCUCAAAUGAGAGCACAGAUCCAUUAAUUAACACUUUAAUACAAAUGAUCUUGGAUGAAAUGGAGAGUGAAAGAGAUGUUCCAAAAGUUCUGAAAGGAAAAAAGCAGCAGGAAAAAUAUUUGCCAGAAGGUCAAGAACAGAUGUCUGGUGCGGAUCUCAAACAUCAACUAGAAGUAAAAAAUCUUGAGAAGGAGAACUAUAAGAUGAUAAGUGAGAAUUUGGAGGAGAAAAAGGGAUUGUUCCAGAUAAAGAAGAUAAAGCAAAGGAAACAGGAGCAGGAACAGAGGCAGGAAGAAGAGAUGGGGAAGGAACAGCAAAAACAGAAGAUUCAAAAGCAGACUCCACAAGAUGAGAAGCAAAAACAAUGGGGAAGUGAGAGAGAAGACUAUCAGAAGUCAAAGCAGCAGCAGCUAGAAGCACGGAAGCAAAAGAUGAAAGAACAGGGAGUGUCCUUGGAGGAAGAGGAGGAUAGAGGGAUGAUCCAGCAUAUUCAGACAGAAAGGAGGCACCAGGACCUGAAAAUGAGUAGGGAAAAAGAUGAGGAGAAGCAGAAGUUGAGCAGAGACAUACAGGACCUCAAAAUGCAGACACCGAAGACGACAGAGUAUCAGAUGAUAAAAGAACCUGAAGAGCUAGCAAAAAUAAUUACUCAAACUCCAGUGAAAUUAUCUUCAAGAAGCAAGAGUGCAAUGGAAAAUAAGAUCCAGUUAUACCAAGGAAAAGAGAUGCAAAGGAAUCUUAAGACAUUAGAAAGUCUUCCAGAUGGAAAGCCCCCCAAACUAGUCACUUCUCCCACUUCUGCCGAAUCCUCCCCAACUGAUACCCAGUUUGUUUCUGGGCAGCCGCUCACAAAAUACUUCACUCUCAGUCCUGCGCAGGCUAAGGACCUGGGGAUCACUCUGACCCAUCAGCAAGUUCAGGCUCAAGGGAUUACUCUGACCCCUCAGCAGGUCCAGGACCUUGGGAUCACUCUGACCCCUCAGCAGGCCCAGGACUUGGGGAUCACUCUGACCCCUCAGCAGGCCCAGGACUUGGGGAUCACUCUGACCCCUCAGCAGGCUGGGGCUCAAGGGAUCACUCUGACUGCUCAGCAGGAUAGGGCUCAAGGGAUCACUCUGACCCCUCAGCAGGCCCUGGACCUGGGGAUCACUCUGACCCCUCAGCAGGCUGAGGCUCAAGGGAUCACUCUGACCCCUCAGCAGGCUCUGGACCUGGGGAUCACUCUGACCCCUCAGCAGGCUGGGGCUCAAGGGAUCACUCUGACCCCUCAGCAGGCUGAGGCUCAAGGGAUCACUCUGACCCCUCAGCAGGCUGGGGCUCAAGGGAUCACUCUGACCCCUCAGCAGGCCCAGGACUUGGGGAUCACUCUGACCCCUCAGCAGGCUGGGGCUCAAGGGAUCACUCUGACCCCUCAGCAGGCCCAGGACCUGGGGAUCACUCUGACCCCUCAGCAGGCUGGGGCUCAAGGGAUCACUCUGACCCCUCAGCAGGCUCUGGACCUGGGGAUCACUCUGACCCCACAGCAGGCCCUGGACCUGGGGAUCACUCUGACCCCACAGCAGGCUCAGGACCUGGGGAUCACUCUGACCCCUCAGCAGGCUGGGGCUCAAGGGAUCGCUCUGACCCCUCAGCAGGCUCUGGACUUGGGGAUCACUCUGACCCCUCAGCAGGCUGGAGCUCAAGGGAUCACUCUGACCCCUCAGCAGGCUGGAGCUCAAGGGAUCACUCUGACCCCUCUACAGGCAAGGGAAUUGGGGCUCACUCUGACCCCUCAGCAGGCUGGGGCUCAAGGGAUCACUCUGAUCCCACAGCAGGCUGAGGACCUGGGGAUCACUCUGACCCCUCAGCAGGCUGGAGCUCAAGGGAUCACUCUGACCCCUCAGCAGGCCCAGGAACUGGGCAUCACUCGGACCCCACAGCAGGCUGUGGCUCAAGGGAUCACUCUGACCCCUCAGCAGGCUCAGGACCUGGGCAUCACUCUGACCCCUCAGCAGGCCCAGGACCUGGGCAUCACUCGGACCCCUCAGCAGGCCCAGGACCUGGGGAUCACUCUGACCCCUCAGCAGGCCCAGGAACUGGGGAUCACUCUGACCCCUCAGCAGGCCCAGGACCUGGGCAUCAUUCAGACCCCUCAGCAGGCUGGGGCUCAAGGGAUCACUCUGACCCCUCAGCAGGCCCAGGACCUGGGCAUCACUCUGACCCCUCAGCAGGCUGGAGCUCAAGGGAUCACUCUGACGCUUCAGCAGGCCCGAGACCUGGGGAUCACUCUGACCCCUCAGCAGAUUUGGGCUCAAGGGAUCCCUCUGACCCCUCUACAAGCAAGGGAAUUGGGGCUCACUCUGACCCCUCAGCAGGCUGGGGCUCAAGGGAUCACUCUGACCCCUCAGCAGGCUCUGGACUUGGGGAUCACUCUGACCCCUCAGCAGGCCCAGGACCUGGGCAUCACUCUGACCCCUCAGCAGAUUUGGGCUCAAGGGAUUCCUCUGACCCCUCUACAAGCAAGGGAAUUGGGGCUCACUCUGACCCCUCAGCAGGCUGGGGCUCAAGGGAUCACUCUGACCCCUCAGCAGGCCCAGGACCUGGGGAUCACUCUGACCCCACAGCAGGCCCUGGACCUGGGGAUCACUCUGACCCCACAGCAGGCCCUGGACCUGGGGAUCACUCUGACCCCACAGCAGGCACAGGACGUGGGCAUCACUCUGACCCCUCAGCAGGCUGGGGCUCAAGGGAUCACUCUGACCCUUCAGCAGGCCCGAGACCUGGGGAUCACUCUGACCCCUCAGCAGAUUUGGGCUCAUAGGCCAUCUCAGCAAUUGAAGGCUUUUUCCAUUCAGAAGUCCACUACAUCAAGAUUAUCUCCAAAGGCUAGACUGCCCCUGACAUUAUCUGCUCCUCCUCCUCCUGAGAAGAUCUCUGUAUCUGAGAUUUCUUCUCCUUUGCAAAAAUUAAGACCUCUUCUCAGCCAAGCCCCUUUUACUCCUGGGAAACACUUACGAAUGAGCAUUAGUUCUGCCCCUGGAAGGCUCCUGGGCCCACAGAUUGUUCCUACCUCCAGACAGAUGCUAGUACUUAAAGGUCAAUCCAUUUCUGCAGAGCCUCUACCACAAGAAGUUUCUCCCAUUCCUGGGCAGCAUCCAAUAUCUGGGGCCCCUCCUGCUAUAAAGCCACCUCUUGUAUCUAGAGUCCCACCCAACUUUGGACAGAUUCCUUUCUCUCUUGGGCAGUACUUGGUUCCAGAAGUUUCUUCCAUUGGUAGGAAAGAGUUCAGCGAAUCUGAACGCUUAUCCUUCUCUGAGCAGUCCCAGGGAUUCCAGCCUCCUGCCACUCCUGAGCAGCCUCUGCAGACCCCUUCUACCUUCAGGCACCCUCUGGCACCAUGGACGCUUCCUGGGCAAGUUUCCCCAUUACGGCUCCCUCCCACUACUAGGCAUCCCUCCACACUAUGGGCCUCCUCAGCCCCAGGGAAGCCUCAGAGAGUUCUGUCUUCUUCUGUCACUCAGAAAAGACUGGGAAUUACCUCUGCUCUAAAAUCUAAAUCAGCAGUGGUCCAGGCAAGGGCUUCAGAUUUGAAGGUAUCUCAAGCUCCUUUCAUCAGUAAGAAGUUCCAGAUAUCAGAGCUUUCCGACACUUAUGAAGAAACCCAGAUACUCCAAGACACUGGUGUCAUGGAACCAUUUGGAACAUUUCAGUUGUCUCUCACCGGGUAUAGGAUACCAGUUUCACAAACCUCUUACACUGAUGAGGGGGUCCUUUCCACUUUCAUGAAGCCUGAAACAUCAUUACCGUCUCUUGUUGCUCCGCUACCCAAAAAGCCACGAAGUUCACCUCCUCAAGGGGACCAGAAAUCUCGAUUCCCUUCCAUAGAACAACCCUGGAUGCUGACUUUGGUUUCAGAUACCAAGAAACACAAAAUGAUGGUACCUCCUUCUCCUAGAGAGAUUAUAGAGAAGAGAUAUUUUGUGGAUGUAGAGGCUCAGAGGAAGAACCUGAUACUAUUAAACCAGGCCACAAAAACUUCUGGACUCCCACUGCAGCAAUACACAGCAGCUAGGAAUCUCAUAAUUGGAACACUUCACAUGGACACAGUCCGGCUGGGAUACCUGGCCCGCAAGUAUAUCGCCUAUAGGCUAAUCCAACAUGCCAGAAACAACAUAAUCAAACGAUUAAAAGCCAUUCAAAACACUGGGAAAGGUUAUGAGAUCCAGAACCUCUACGUCAUGCUUAGCAGAAUUGAUGAUUAUCAGAAAAAGGUGUUGAGAGUCUGGACUGAAAAACAGAAGUCUUUAGAGCAGAAACGAAAUCAAGGCCUGCAGAAAAUGGUGCACUUAUUUAGCCAGCUCCAAGAGAUGUAUAAAUUGAAUCUUAGUCAACCUAUCCCCUUGAUAGUUGCCAAAAAGCAGAUACCUGCCGCUACCAAAUUUGUUACACAGCCAUACCUAGAGUUACUAACUGAAGAGGACAAAAAAUCUGAUGUUUUCAAGAAAUUUAGACAAAAAGAAGUUGUGAAGGAGGCCAUUUGGAAUGCUGAUCUGUCCACCUCAAGCUAUCCAAUAACAGAGAAGACAUCAAUAACAUCACUCUGGGCCCAGCUGGGUGGAUACCCAGAUAUUCCUAGACUGCUCCAGUUUGAUAUUCAGUCUACUUUCAGAAAAUCUCUUGCGUCCAUUCAGUCACAGUAA